CAGGUACAAAUUAACAAACGCAGAUUGUGUAAAAUUAUUGACAAGGGCAGGAACACUGCUCGUGAAGGAAUAAAAGUGAUAUAUUUAAACACACAAUGCCGAAGGUUGUAUCAAGAAGCAUCGUCUGCUCAGACACGAAAGAUCAGGAAGAAUACAAUGAGACCAAGCCUUUGCACAUCUACUAUUGUCUAUGUGGACAAAUGUCCUUAAUCUUGGACUGCACCAUCGACCGUUUACCCCUACGACCUACGGAUUUAGCACGCGUAAUUGAUGGAUCAAAACACGCUCACAAAAUCACCGCAGAUCCUGACGAGACAGUGUUCUUAAAGCGGGAAAAAGGCAUAGAACGACAAUAUAGGAUGAAAUGUAAGAAAUGUUCAAUACCAAUAUACUAUAAGAGUGAACAAGAUAGCAACAUAGUGUUUAUUAUGGAUGGUGCAUUGGUGCAGACAGCGGGUGAAGGGGGUGUCACAGAUAUCUAUAAACAGGUGGCUUUGACGCAACCGAAAAAGAUUAUGGUGACAAAACACACUAAGAAUAUGGGUAAGUUCAGUUCUGUAACUGUCUCCACUAUUGAUGAGGAAGAAGAUGAAAUAGAAGCUAGAGAAGUAGCAGACAGCUACGCUAACAAUGCUAGAAUAAUUGAGAAGCAGUUGGAGAGGAAAGGAAUGAACAAGAGACAGGCAGAGACACCUGCACAGACUUCAGAGAAAAGAGUUAGAGGGACAUUGAUUGAAAAAUAAAUUGAUAUUCUUGUUUUUAA